GGACUUGGGACUAUAAAAUGGGCCGUUGGUACUCCCAAAUUGCUGGGCAUCGAGGCUUGUCGGAGCUUGUUUUUCUUGGUAUACUCCUUUGGAAACCUGGGCUUGUGCGAUUCUGAAGAUGCGUAUUACGACCAACACCGCCCGCAAAGGCGCACUGUUUGCCCUCCUUGCAAGGGCUGGAGCUAUACCAACGACCACAAUUUCGGCAGCAGGAAAUGCUGGUGCAAGCAGUGCGGAUGUGUAUCCUCCCGCUAGCACCGAGGUCAACUCCGAGCUCUUCCCGCCUGAGUCCAUCGUAGGCUUUCCUGGCCCGACUCCUACGGGCGCUGAACCGAAUGCCAUCCAGACAGCACCGUCGUAUCCGUAUAAUGAUGGCGAUGCGUCUUCAUUCCCUCUUAUCAAGCCGCAACCCCAUGGCAGCGGCUCACAGUCCCCAAACUUUGAUAUCACCAAAUACUGGGGCAAUCUGAGCCCAUGGUAUUCGGUUCGCAGCGCAGACUACGGGCUUCCUGAUGCUAGCCCUCUGAUCCCGGAUGGCUGCGACAUCACGCAGAUGCAUCUACUCUACCGUCACGGCGCCAGAUACCCAACUAGUGGUGCUGCACCCGCUACAUUUGCUCAAAAGAUUGCGAACGCUACGAAAACUGGUCUUGCAGUCUCUGGAGAGCUUUCUUUCUUGAGCGACUGGACAUACAAGCUGGGUGCCGAGCUGCUUACACCAUCAGGCCGCAGCAUGAAUUUCUUGUUGGGCAUUGAGUACCGUCAAUUAUAUGGUCACCUUCUGAACAACUUUACGGAAGCGGGAACCAUCCCGGUCUUUCGAACACAGUCUCAAGAUCGAAUGGUGAAGACUGCGGAGAACUUCGCCGCAGGUUUCUUUGGCGUGCCUGAAUACAUGGACGAGGUCAACAUUGAGCUGCUUGUUGAGACCCUAGGCGUGAACAACUCCGGUGCGCCCUACGAAGUCUGCAACAACUCGAACAUCGCCACCCGAGGCAGUAUCGGUAGCCGUGUAGCAGCACAGUUCGCGAACAACGCGUUCAACGCCACUCUCGCUCGUCUACAGUCACAAGCUAGCGGCAUCAAUUUUACUUCCACAGACGCCAUCGCCAUGCUCCAACUUUGCUCGUAUGAGACACACGCUCUCGGCUACUCCGCCUUCUGUAAUCUCUUCAACGAACAAGACUUCCUGAACUACGAAUAUUAUUUCGAUCUGUCCUUCUACUACAACAACGGCCCAGGAUCUCCUGUCUCUGCUGCUCAAGGCAAAGGCUUCCUAGACGAAUUCAUCGCACGCUUCACCCAUCAGUAUCCCGGCGCCAACUCCGCUCUCAACGAGACUUUUGACAAUUCUUCGACGUACUUCCCGCUCGACCAGUCUAUCUAUGCCGAUGCUACGCACGAAGUUGUCGUCCUUGAUACACUCACUGCGUUCAACCUGUCAGCUUUGUUCAAGGGCCCACCACUGAGCCCUCUCGGUAAUGAAGGGCAAAACAGCUUCGUAGCUAGCAAGCUUGUACCGUUUGCCACCCAUUUCACUACCCAAGUGCUUUCUUGUCCUGCCAUGCAACCCACAAAGCAGAUCAGGUUCAUCGUCAAUGACGCCGUUGUCCCAAUCAACGAGUCUCAUCCAGGAUGUCCGGCUGAUUCGAACGGUCUCUGCUCUUUCGACCACGUUGUCGAGCUCCUCCAAAAACGCAGUGCAGAAAUCGACUUCAAUUAUGACUGCUUCGCAAAUUAUACAGCAGAGCCGGGAAUGGACUACAAUGGGAGGGCACCUAGAUCGUAGACCGUGCAAGGGUACGGAUAGUUGUCAGCGCAAUGCAAUUCCUUGAGUCAUGCAGCAUCUACAUCUUGUGUGACUUAGGCACUUACUGGCUAAAAAACAGCACUUUUGACUGCGGUGGCAUGAUAGUUCGCGUACCUCUGGAUAGCUAUGAUUUAUUCUGUAAGCCUCCUGUGACCAUUCUGCUACGAUAGCCGCAUGCAAAUCAUAAGAGCAACCUAGAUGCAGAUUUAAUCUCAGGUAGAGGGUAGCUUUAAGUGUUAGAUCGAUCACAGCAGCUUCAUGUAUACUGCCUACAAUCUUGGUAAGCAUAUACUUUACGUACCAC